AAUUUUGUUUUUCACUUUAAUAAAUCAAUUAUUUUAUUAAUUUUAUUUAUCUCCUAUGCAUACUUUAUAUAUUCAUAGGCCAAAAGGAUCUGCAAGUUCUACUUUUUAUUAUAUAUAUUACGUUCUGACUGUGUUUGUAAAAAGGAGCACAAGUUUUUGUUUUUAGAAGGUCACUGAUAAUAAUUCUUCUUUCGUUUCAGAGUUUGAAUAAAAUUUCAAUAUGACUUCUAGACUAAACCCUAGCGGUCGUUCUAAGUUUGCAAAACUUGGAAUGGCAAUAAACGAAGAAUUGACCCAGGCCUGUAGAGAUGUCUUAGAAAUGGAGGUACCUCCUGGUCUUGUCUACAACAAAUUAAAGGCAUCGUCAAUUUAUAAGAAAAUACGCCCCGAGCAAGAACUUCAUCUUAUAGGCGCCAAAACUGAUGGUUAUAAAGAAUUUGAUAUAACGCUUCUAUAUACUCUGAUAAGAAAUAUAUGUUCAAAGAUUCCUCAUCCAAAAAAAGGUUGGGGUGGAAACACGAUGCCGUCCUUGGGAGAAAUAUCGAUAGGCGACGACAUUGAAAGGAUUAGGAUGAUAAGAAACAGCAUGUUUGGACACAUUAGCUCGGCUUCCACCUCACAGACAGAGUUUGAUGACACGUGGAUAGCAAUAACUGAUAUCUGCCAAAGGCUGCAAACGUACACAAACAAAGACUAUAUGUCUGGACUGAGUAAUAUUCAAAGUCAGGCCCUAGAAGAAGAGAACGAAACAACAGUCAUAGAAAAACUUAAGGAAGAUUAUAAGAAUAACCAAUCUCUGAUGGAAAAGAUAUCUUCAUUAGAAGAGGAUUUGCAAGAAUUCAAAUCAAAAUUCGUUGAGAAAGAUACAACACUAAAUGAAGAAGUUUUUGAAAGUUGGUGGGAAGAUAAUAAGGACUUUGUCUCAACAGCGGCAAGUAAAAUUGUAGAAGAAAAGAUUACCAGUCAAAACCUGGUCACUGUUGUCGGAAAUUCUGGAUGCGGGAAAACGGCUAUUAUCCAAAACAUCGCCCUGAAGUUUAAAGAAGAGAAAGGAUGGGAUAUCAAACCUGUCGAUGAAGUGAAAGAAAUAAAAAACAUUUAUUCCCGAGGAAUUUCACUAAAUAAUAUAACGUUGUUUGUUUUAAAUGAUCCUAUCGGAAAGGAGACCUUAGAUGAAGUAUCAUAUAAUUUAUGGAAAACAUAUGAGACAACGCUUACAACUUGCUUGAAGAAAAUUAAAUUGUUAGUGUCUUGUAGAAGAUGCGUCAUUUAUGACGAGAGAACAGGGGGAAUUCUCAAAAAAGACUCAAACAUUGUUGAAAUUGAUAGCAAGAAAUGGAAAUUGUCAGACAAAGAAAAAAGGGAGAUUUUAAAAAAAAAUACUGUCAACAUGUGAAUAUAUCCGAUGGGAAAGUCAAGGAAAUAAUAAAAACGGAAACUUAUUUUCCCUUGCUUUGUAAAUUGUUCUCGUGUGAAACAAGCGACAAGAGAAAUGUUGUAGACUUCUUUCGAUACCCCUCAGGAUUCAUUAAACAAGAAAUCGAACAUUUUAAAACGUCAGAAAAAAAGAAAUAUUGUGCCUUACUUUUGAUUGUUGUUUUUAACAAUCAACUUAAUGUCGAUACAAUCAGAAGAAAUAACAGUUCUUUAAAGAAAUACAGAGAUAUUUUAGGAAUUUGUGAACUACCAGACAACACAAAUGUGUCAGUUAUUCGUAGUGCUCUACAUGAACUGAGAGGAUCUUAUGUCAAACGUGUCGGCAAUGCUUUCCAAUUCCUUCACGACUUUAUUAUGGAGAUAACGACUCUGGUGUUUGGUGUUGAUUGUCCACAAGAGACAAUACACUACGCAGACAGUGGUUUCCUGAGACGUCGGGUGAGAAUAGAAGACGAUACAGAAAGGAAAGAUCGCGAUCCCUUCACUGUUUACCUUCCUGAAGAGUACAAUGGUGACCUUGUGGACAGGUUUAUUAUUGAUAUCCAAACAGAUCACAUUGUAGAUGUUCUACUCAAUCCUUGUUUAAGAAAGCAUAGUGUCAUUAAAGCUUUUAAGGAUAAAGUGGAUACAAUUGAAAAGCUUCUCGUUAAAAUUAAAUGUGAAAUAGACAUUUCAGAAUUUCCGAAAUUAUUAGAUAGCAAUCGUUAUUCUAGACUUACUUUCUUUACUGCAGAAGAUGAAAAAUGUCCUUUGGUCGGACUUAUUCUGUUUUGUCAUGAUGAUAUUUGUUCAUUUUUCAUAAAAAGUGUCCCUGAAACAAAGUUAAAAGAAUAUCCUAUAUUCUAUGCUAUGUGUGCAAAUGGCGAUUUAAACCUAUUAAAUUCCCUCAACGAAGAAUAUAAAAAAAGAGCAAUGAUGGAAAUAUGGAAUGUUUUUUUUACCAAUUCAUGUUGCUUCUGUUUUUCAUAAUAUUUCAAUACUUGAAGAGUUAGUAAGACUUGGUGUUGACGUAAAAAAGUUAACAACUGAUGACAUAGGGACCCCUUUAUUACUUGCUGCUUCAAAUGACGAAGAACAUUUGAAAGAGGCUGGGAAGGAUAUAAAGACUGGAGAACGACGUAAUGCAACCAUAAAUUGCUUAAUAAACAAUGGCGCCGAUAUUAAUUUAUGUAAUAAAAAUGGAUACAGUCCUCUUUUUGCAGCUUGUGAAAAUGGACAUGAUAGCACGGUACAACUGUUACUAAACAACGGUGCCGACAUCAAUUUAUGUGAUAAUGAUGGAAGCAGUCCUCUUUAUGUAGCUUGUCAAACUGGCCAUGAUAGCACGGUACAACUGUUACUAAACAACGGUGCCGACAUCAAUUUAUGUGAUAAUCAUGGAACCAGUCCUCUUUAUAUAGCUUGUUAUGAUGGACAUGAUAGUACGGUACAACUGUUACUGAACAACGGUGCCGACAUCAAUUUAUGUGCUAAUGAUGGGACCAGUCCUCUUCAUAUAGCUUGUCAAAAUGGACAUGAUAGCACGGUACAACUGUUACUAAACAACGGUGCCGACAUCAAUUUAUGUGAUAAUGAUGGAGACAGUCCUCUUUGGAUAGCUUGUCAAAAUGGACAUGAUAGCACGGUACAACUGUUACUGAACAACGGUGCCGACAUCAAUUUAUGUGAUAAUGAUGGAGCUAGUCCUCUUCAUAUAGCUUGUGAUGAUGGACAUGAUAGCACGGUACAACUGUUACUGAACAACGGUGCCGACAUCACUCUAUGUGAAAAGAAUGGAGUCAGUCCUCUUCAUAGAGCUUGUAAUAAUAGACAUGAUAGCUCGGUACAACUGUUACUGAACAACGGUGCCGAAAUUAAUUCUUGUCUGAAUGAUAGAACCAGUCCUCUUUAUAUAGCUUGUCAAAAUGGACAUGAUAGCACGGUACAACUGUUACUGAACAACGGUGCCGACAUGAAUUUAUGUGAUAAUGAUGGAACCAGUCCUCUUUGGAUAGCUUGUCAAAAUGGACAUGAUAGCACGGUACAACUGUUACUGAACAACGGUGCCGACAUCAAUUCAUGCGAUAAUGAUGGAAUCAGUCCUCUUCAUAUAGCUUGUCAAAAUGGACAUGAUAGUACGGUACAACUUUUACUGAACAACGGUGCCGACAUCACUCUAUGUGAAAAGAAUGGAGUCAGUCCUCUUCAUAGAGCUUGUAAUAAUAGACAAAAUAGCUCGGUACAACUGUUACUGAACAACGGUGCCGAAAUUAAUUCUUGUCUGAAUGAUAGAACCAGUCCUCUUUAUAUAGCUUGUCAAAAUGGACAUGAUAGCACGGUACAACUGUUACUGAACAACGGUGCCGACAUCAAUUUAUGUGAUAAUGAUGGAGACAGUCCUCUUUGGAUAGCUUGUCAAAAUGGACAUGAUAGCACGGUACAACUGUUACUGAACAACGGUGCCGACAUCAAUUCAUGCGAUAAUGAUGGAAUCAGUCCUCUUUAUAUAGCUUGUCAAAAUGGACAUGAUAGCACGGUACAACUACUACUGAACAAUUUUUUUUGA